ACCUUUUCAACACUGUCGACUUGCCAGGUAGACUUAGAAUUUUAAAACGAAAGUGGCUUAAUUUAUCUGCAAUAUAUCUGGCGGAUUACAAGUCUAAAAAAUGUAUCCCGGGUAACUACAAAAUAUGUAAUUAUCUGCAUAUUUAACCUUAUUCCGGCGAAAGAAGGUCGGACGGAAGAAAUUUAUAUGCGUAAAUUGCAGUUCCAAAACAUAGGCACCGGAAUGUCUACUGAAAUAGAAGAAUCUACGUCGCAAAGGGAGCAUAAUGUACAAAUGAUGAGGCAAUCGGAGCACGGACGAGUCAAAAUACUCACCAAGGCGUUUGAGGACAUCACCUUACAAAAAAUCCAGAUACACCCUGACAAACGAAAGUCAGGUUAUUUUUCUCGCGCCCAGGUACCAAUCAAAAGCAGCACACAAUCUCUAGAUAUCGAUAUUCCCAAACUACGCCAAACCUUUGGAACAUUGAUAGAUUUGCUACAAAGACAAGAAUUUGACAAAGAUAUGAAAUCAGAAUUAGAAUGUAUUUUCCCAAAGUAUCUCCAGAUGCUCGAGGAAAGAAUUUGUGAUCUGGACAGAGAAGACAAUGGCAUUUUGGUGGCAGGAGAAACCAGUUCUGGAAAGUCCACGCUUAUUAACUCCCUCAUUGGAGAAAAUAUCAUGAAGUCUAGAACCACAGAAAAUACUUCAACCAUUUGUAGGAUCUGGAAUUCAGAAAAUAUUGGCCUGAAAGUCUACAACGACAAAAAUGAAUGCAUACAUUCCAAAUUAGAUUACUCGAGAGACCAGCUGCCAGAAUUCCGGAAAGAAGUUCAGAAAUAUACAGAUGUGGGCAGCAUGCCCGAAAACUGCUCAUUUGUAGAUAUCUUGUAUCCAGUUUCCUUACUAAAGGGGAAAACAAUUUUAGUGGAUACACCUGGAGUUGGAGGAAGUACGAGUCUUGCAGAGUUAGUGAUGAAGUACUUACAGAACGCUGUGGCAUUCAUCUUCGUUGUAAAUGCGUCCAAUGCUGGUGGAUUACAAGAUGAUAGGCUUCCAAUCAUUUUGCGAGAAAUUUUACGCUCUCACUCAGACCACAAAAUGCCAUGCUUUGACCCCAGUGACGUCAUUUUUGUGACAAAUAAAUGGGACGUCAUCUAUUCUUCCUGUGAAGAGGACAGCGAUGAAGACGACGUAUCGCUCACUUGGGAAAAAGUCAAGGCAUCAAUCAAGAAGCACUGGGGAUCGGUGAAAGAUGACCAAAUUUUUCAAAUCUCCUUGAAGAAAAUGAAAGAAGCCAACGACGAGCAAUUCAAAGCAGAAUAUGGACGUUUUCAAGUAAAGUUGAAGGAAAUUAUCGACCGAAAUCGUGUCAGUCGUAAACAGAAACAUUUAAGAUUUUUGGAUAAUAUUCUAAAAGUCUUGGAGAGAGCAACGUGUCGAAGAAUAUUAUCAUCCAAAUUGUCAGAAGACGAUCAUAAAAAGCUAGCAGAGAAAAAUAUUAAAACAAUAGAGGAAUUUGAAAAGAAAAAAGAAGAGAUCAAUAAAGACCUUCGCUCGCAGUUAGAUUCCUCAAUCUGCACCCUUAGCAGUGAUCUAAUGGAGUAUGUUUGCUCAGUUAAAGGAAAAAUCGAAAUCUUAACCCCAUCUGGCAAAAAAGACAUAAAGGAAGUAAGCGUUUUUGCAUUAGAAAGAAAAGUGAAGGAAAGAUACGUCACUUUUUUGGAGAAUUGGCGUCGGAGUCCCAAAGUUAUUGGUGUAUUUGAAGAUUUAGAGCAACAAAUCAAAGGAUCUUUUAGUACAUUGAAAGGAAAAAUUGAGGAACUUGAAAAAGAGUUCUUGGGUGCCCCAAAUUCUUCACGAAACAAAGAUAUUACUACAACACCCGGUUGGUUCCCGGUUCUAGACAUAGCUGGGACCCUGUCUACAAUUGCCGGAGUAGUACUUUCUUCACUUUUUUCUGCGGACUUUCAGGAAGAAAAGAAAUUAACGGUCAUUGACAAAAUUUACGAAAAAUGUGUCUGGAUUUAUGAUAAGGAGGCCGUAAAGAACGAUUUGGAGAAUAUAUAUGGAAACCAUUACAGAAAUGUAAUUGAGUGGAUGCUCAAUGUGUCAAUUGGAGAUGACAUCAGAAGUUUGAGGAAAACAAUUACACAAGUAUAUGAAAAACGAACUGAGUACAAAACCAAGCAUGAAAAUUACAAAAUUUUUAACGAAGCCCUAAAUGAACUAAAACGGCAAAUGGAAGAGACAAAUGAUGAUAUUGCUCAAAUUCUUGAAACAACUCAUCUUUAAGAAGUUCAUGACUUAAUAGAAUGCAAGUUCUGAUGUAAAUACUUGUUCAAAUAGUAAAUU